UGCCUUGACGACGGCAGCAUGCGGCCCGCGGUCCGCCCGAGUGCGCGCCUGUGGCAGGCCGAGGCCGCUCUGCCUCCCCGCCCGCUUCGCCCCCGACCCGCGGCUGUGUCCCCAGAAGGAACCCAACCAGCUCCGGAACUGCCGGUUUGCUAGUCAGCAUCUUGUAGACCUGCGAGCGAGAUGCAUUUCACCCCAAAUUUGUUUCCAAGUUGGAAACCUUUGGGUCUUUCCAUGUGAAAGGAUUUUAAAGAAACGCAAGAAGAAUUCCUACCGGUUUUGAAUUAAAAUGGAAAAAUAUGAGAACCUAGGAUUGGUUGGAGAAGGAAGCUAUGGAAUGGUGAUGAAGUGUAGGAAUAAAGAUAGUGGAAGAAUUGUGGCCAUCAAGAAGUUCUUAGAAAGUGAUGAUGACAAAAUGGUUAAAAAAAUUGCUAUGCGAGAAAUCAAAUUACUAAAGCAACUGAGGCAUGAAAAUCUGGUGAAUUUGUUGGAAGUGUGUAAGAAAAAAAAACGAUGGUACCUGGUCUUUGAAUUUGUUGACCAUACAAUUCUUGAUGACUUGGAGCUCUUUCCUAAUGGUCUAGACUACCAACUGGUUCAAAAGUAUUUGUUUCAGAUUAUUAAUGGAAUUGGAUUUUGUCACAGUCACAAUAUCAUACACAGAGAUAUAAAGCCAGAGAAUAUAUUAGUCUCACAGUCUGGCGUUGUCAAAUUAUGUGAUUUUGGAUUUGCGCGAACAUUGGCAGCCCCUGGGGAAGUUUAUACUGAUUAUGUGGCGACCCGAUGGUACAGAGCUCCAGAACUAUUGGUCGGUGAUGUCAAGUAUGGCAAGGCUGUUGAUGUAUGGGCCAUUGGUUGUCUGGUAACUGAAAUGCUCAUGGGCGAACCCCUUUUUCCUGGAGAUUCUGAUAUUGACCAGCUAUAUCAUAUUAUGGUGUGUUUAGGUAAUCUCAUUCCAAGACAUCAGGAGCUGUUUUAUAAAAAUCCCGUGUUUGCUGGAGUAAGGUUGCCAGAAAUCAAGGAAACAGAACCUCUUGAAAGACGUUAUCCCAAACUCUCUGAGGUUGUGAUAGAUUUAGCAAAGAAAUGCUUACAUAUUGACCCAGACAAAAGACCCUUCUGUGCUGAACUCCUCCAUCAUGAUUUCUUUCAUAAGGAUGGAUUUGCCGAGAGAUUUUCUCAAGAGCUACAGUUAAAAGUACAGAAAGAUGCCAGAAAUAUUUCUUUAUCUAAAAAAUCUCAGAACAGAAAGAAGGAAAAGGAAAAAGAUGAUUUCUUUGGUGAAGAGAGAAAAACACUUGUGGUACAGGAUACCAAUGCUGAUCCCAAAAUUAAAGAUUCUAAGGUAUUUAAAAUAAAAGGGUCAAAAAUGGAUGGAGAAAAAGUUGAAAAAGUCAGUCGAACUUCCAAUGUCAGCUGUCCCCCCGACAAUGGGAUGAGCCACGUCAGAACCGGGCCUUCAGCAAGCCUCCGAGAUUGCAGCAACGGCGGCGGGGAUCACACUAGAAAUCCGGGCGUGCCAAUCCCUCCCAUUGCCCACAAUCCUUCUGUAGUGGCUCCCGGGAUUAAUUCUGGAAUGGUGACUAUCCCCGGAGUUCAGAGUUACAGAGUGGACGAAAAAACCAGGAAGUAUUGUAUCCCAUUUGUUAAACCAAAUAAACAUUCUCCGUCAGGCAUUUAUAAUAUUAAUGUGACCACAUCCGUCGCUAGUGAAAAGAGCCUACUUCAGGCAAAUAAGAAAAGAAGGGAGUACUCCAAGACAGAUGUCCGUUUGCCUGAACUAAACUACAGUCAUCUCCCUGAACUAAGAGCCUUGGAAGGCAUAGCUCGAAAUUCCAGGUUAAUAAGGAAAGAGAACAAGAAUCUCUCAGAAUCUCGAAUUCCUUCUCUGGCCACUAUUGACUUGCAUAUGCCCAGUGCCGCAUUACAUCAGGUAUCAGGAUCUCCCCCGUCAGAUGACUUGGAGGCUGAUUUGCCUCGAAUGGAACACCAGCACUGAGAGCCGUUUUGGUUCUGAACUGGAUGCUGCUCUAGCCCUUGAGAUGACAUCCCUUGCAACAGAAAUGCUGAUAUCCUACAAAGAGAGAUUCGUGGUUUUGUCCUUUACUUCUAAACUGCCUGCAUUUUCUGAGAAAGGCCUUGCAGAAGAAAAAAAAAAAGACUUCCAAGUGUUUCCAAGGAAGAUUGAAUAAGUGCGCCUCCCUGAUUGCUAUCCUGUCACCUUUCAAGGUCUCUGUUGGUAUUUCAGGAUAUAUCCAAUGGAAGAAUAGUGAUAUGGUUCUUGUUACAUGAAUGUGUAUUUACUGUUAGUAAAUUGUGCAUUUAAAAUUACCCAAGAGUUAAAAAAAAGUUUAAAAAGAGAGAAAGAAUCAUUAUAAUGGUCAUGUUAUAUGAACUUUCUGUGUUAUCUAUAUAAAUGUGUACAUUUAUUUAGGAAUGGGUUUGGUGGAGGUAAGUGAUUAAAAACUAGGAUCAGUUGAAGAAAUGAAAAAAUUAGGAUCAGUCAGAGAAAAUGUUUCCUUUACCCUAAUUUAACUGUAAAUACUCAUUUAAAAAGUUUGCUUGUUUCUAGGCUUUAAGGAGAUAUGUAAUUGCUCUCUGUGGAUAGGCGUCUGUCUUUGGUUUCUGUGAUUAUUGUUGAUGUUUGAUCAUUAUGUAAUGGGAAUCUGGCCUCUCUGCUGAUCUUUUAAGAACAACACUACUGCAAAUGUCUCAAGGAAACUUUUUAUGUCUAAUGAUUUAGUAUGACCUGACUUUAGAUAAUCCUCUGUAUUUUAAGACUAUGGUGCCAGGGUUCCUGUGUGCAGGAACAGGACUGAAGAAAGAACGGUGAAGGAGAAUUUUGUAGGUAUAUCUUCAAGUUGAGAACUGUGCACGUCAUUGAGAAAGGAAGUAUAUACGUGCAAAAUUAGGAGAUGGGACGCUGGUUUACUGACCGACUAGGACUGGUUACUUUUCUCUUGGCCAGUUACUGUUGAUCUACCCCCCUUACCCCCAGCAUAGAGGCUUUGGGAAGGAACAUCCAUUAUUAUGGACCUCUCUCCUGUCCACUGAUAGUUUGAAGGUGAUAGCAGACAGAACCCAGAAAUGUUCCUGUCUUCUCAUUUCUUCAAACACUUAGGCCUUCCCAAAAGUUCUUCACCAAUAGGCAAAACUAUCUACCUACAGACCUCACAUCUUUCCUCGUGCCCCAGUCCAUGGCUUCCAGGUGGGAAGCUGAAGCCAGUUUGACUCUAGGUUUUUGGUUUCCAGUUUGCUGGUCAUACUCUGCAUUUAUUGUUUUAGAGAAUCGUUGUUAGGGGGACCAGAAGUUGUGUGUUUUUCUUGGCCUUAACCGGUUAACAACAUGUUUUUUUCCAAAACACACUGACUAGAACUUGGCCCAAGAAUUUAACUAGCACUUUUCUUUAUUACUCUGUGGAGCUUAAUAUUGAAAUUCUGAAUUUAGAUACUUGGUCCUCAAAAAAGCAGGACAUUCAGGAAGAGACAAAUUGAGGGGUUCCUAUGUAGAAGUCUAUAGGUGGUUCAAUUAAAAUUCUGUCUUGAUUUUGAAGCUCUAUUUUUAAACUCUGACCAGGUGUUUGACUAAAUUGGUAUGACUAACAUGCUAGACAAAAUUAAUGUGUAGGCAUUAAUAGCCUUCACAUCGAGAUAUUGUUUUAUUUUUACUUUAAAAAGUAUUGCCAACAGACUGUACAGUGUGGGAAGCAGACAAUACUUAAAAGCCAAGUGGCUUUCCAACUUAUUUUGAUGUAAUUUUUAUUUAAAGACAGUGUGUACAUAUCACCUCAAUGCCUGAGGAUCUAGAAUCAGUUAUCUGUAUUUGCUUUUGGUAUCUUUCGCCUAUUAGAACACUGUGUGAACUUUAGAAUUAAGGGACUAAAUAUAAUUUACUCUAAUUUACUCUAAGUCAUACCUAACCAGGUCAUAUCUGGUUAGAACCUGGGCGGAACUACUUGAAAAAGAAGAUUUUUGCAAACUGGGGCUAUAGAUACUGAACCAAAAAUAAUUCUUUCAGUGUAAGAUUACUCUGUUCUCCUUACAAGGAUAUGACUAAACAUAAUCGGAAAUAUGUGUAUGUCCUGGCGGGGGAAAUGGGCUUGCUGUUGGAUGUAUGUUUUACAACUAAUAAAUAUUAUAUCUUACUGAGCUCCAUAGAUGAUUUUAUUUGCAUUUAUUUAAGAGAAUACAAAUAAUGUAUACAACAUUGUAUGGAAUUUAACAAAU